GCCGCUGCUGUCGCUGGCAGAGGAGGGAGCGAUUGAAAGUGACACACCGGGGGCCGCCGCCGCCGCCGCUUCCCCGCGCCGCCAGGCACCCGCCGCCGCCGCGGAGCCCGGGGGAGCGGCGCUCCCUCCUCUUCUCCUCCCCCCGUCUCCCCCGGUAUUGAUUUUCUCCGCGGAAGGUGUGAGAAGUCGGCUCCCUCUCCCCUCUCCUCCGCGCCGCAGCCGGCGGCCCCGCGGCUCCCCGCCCCCUCGCCCCGACCUCCCCGCUCCGCUCCGCUCGCCGCCCGGGAUCCUCCGGGAAGGGGCUCUGGCCCCUGCCGCCCCGCGCAGCGCGGGCAGCCGCCCCGGCCCCGCCGCCUCGGCACCCCCGGAGGAGGGCAAGGAGGGGGCUGGGGGUGGGGGGGGAGCAGUAGAAGGGAAGAAAGCGGCGUGAGAGGAGGAAGCAAGAAAACUUUCCACCCUGGAUUCUCUACUUCUGAUCCAUGGACAGAGCCCAACUCAGCCAACUUACAGACAGGCUAUAAGCAGUCCGUGCUCCUUCUACUGCGACCUGCCAGCGGGAGCCGCGUCUCCGAGCAUGGAGCGGAGGAGUGAGAGCCCCUGCCUGCGGGACAGCCCCGACAGAGGCAGCGGCAGCCCCGAUGUCAAAGGGCCCCCUCCCGGGAAGGUGGCCAGGCUGGAGCAGAACGGCAGCCCCAUGGGCACCCGUGGGAGGCCCAACGGCGCCGUCACCAAGCCCGUGGGAGGUUUGAUGAUUCCAGUCUUUUGUGUGGUGGAACAGUCGGACGCCUCUCUUGAAUACGAUAAUCGAGAAGAACAUGCUGAGUUCGUUCUGGUUCGCAAAGAUGUGCUCUUUAGCCAGCUGGUGGAGACAGCGCUCCUGGCUCUGGGGUAUUCCCACAGUUCUGCAGCUCAGGCACAAGGAAUAAUCAAGCUUGGGAGGUGGAAUCCCCUCCCUCUCAGUUAUGUGACUGAUGCGCCAGAUGCGACAGUAGCCGACAUGCUACAAGAUGUCUAUCAUGUUGUGACAUUGAAAAUCCAAUUACAAAGUUGUUCAAAGUUGGAAGACUUGCCAGCAGAGCAGUGGAACCACGCCACAGUUCGCAAUGCCUUAAAGGAACUGCUCAAAGAGAUGAAUCAGAGCACAUUAGCCAAAGAAUGCCCUCUCUCACAGAGUAUGAUUUCAUCCAUUGUAAAUAGCACAUACUAUGCCAAUGUGUCAGCAACCAAGUGCCAGGAGUUUGGGAGAUGGUACAAAAAGUACAAGAAGAUUAAAGUGGAAAGAGUGGAAAGAGAAAACCUUUCAGACUAUUGCGUUCUUGGUCAACGUCCCAUGCACUUACCAAAUAUCAACCAGCUGGCAACCUUGGGAAAAACAAACGAACAGUCUCCUCAUGGCCAAAUUCACCACAGUACUCCAAUCCGAAACCAAGUGCCAACGAUGCAGACAAUGAUAAACCCGGGGCUCCUGUCUCCUCAGCUCAGUCCACAACUGGUGAGGCAGCAGAUAGCAAUGGCCCAUCUGAUAAACCAACAGAUUGCUGUCAGCCGGCUAUUGGCUCACCAGCAUCCACAGGCUAUCAACCAGCAGUUCUUGAAUCAUCCACCCAUCCCUAGAGCUGUCAAACCAGAGCCAUCGAAUUCAUCAGUGGAAGUCUCUCCAGAUAUAUACCAGCAAGUCAGAGAUGAGCUGAAGAGAGCCAGCGUGUCUCAAGCUGUCUUUGCAAGAGUAGCAUUCAACCGCACACAGGGCUUGUUGUCAGAGAUCCUGCGUAAAGAAGAAGACCCUAGGACAGCUUCCCAGUCCCUCCUGGUAAACUUAAGGGCAAUGCAGAAUUUCCUCAACUUGCCUGACUCGGAGCGGGAUCGUAUCUAUCAGGACGAGAGAGAGAGAAGUAUGAACCCCAACGUGAGCAUGGUGUCUUCAGCUGCCAGCAGCCCAAGCUCCUCCAGAACCCCCCAGGCCAAAACCUCCACACCAACAACAGACCUCCCCAUUAAGGCGGACGGCGCCAAUGUCAACAUCACAGCUGCCAUUUAUGACGAGAUCCAACAGGAGAUGAAAAGGGCCAAGGUAUCUCAAGCUCUGUUUGCCAAAGUGGCUGCCAAUAAAAGUCAGGGCUGGCUGUGUGAGCUGCUUCGCUGGAAAGAAAACCCAAGCCCAGAAAACCGCACCCUUUGGGAGAACCUCUGCACCAUUCGCCGCUUCCUGAACCUUCCCCAGCACGAGAGGGAUGUGAUCUAUGAGGAGGAGUCCAGACAUCACCACAGUGAGCGUAUGCAGCAUGUUGUCCAGCUGACUCCCGAGCCUGUGCAGGUGCUGCACAGACAGCAGUCCCAGCCUGCGAAGGAGAAUUCCCCACCUAGAGAAGAGGCUCCUCCUCCACCUGCUGAGGACAGUUGUGCCAAAAAGCCAAGAUCCCGUACCAAGAUCUCCUUGGAAGCUCUGGGUAUCCUGCAAAGCUUUAUCCACGAUGUGGGUCUCUACCCUGAUCAGGAAGCCAUCCACACCCUCUCUGCUCAGCUGGAUCUCCCCAAACACACCAUUAUCAAAUUCUUCCAGAACCAACGUUACCAUGUAAAGCACCACGGGAAGCUAAAAGAGCAUUUGGGAACGGUGGUUGACGUGGCAGAGUACAAGGAUGAGGAGCUGCUGACGGAGUCGGAGGAGAACGACAGCGAGGAGGGCUCUGAGGAAAUGUACAAAGUGGAGCCUGAGGAGGAGAACCCCGACAAAAGCAAGGCAGCUCCAGCGGACAUCGACCAGAGAUAAUGUGAGACAGGAGCGCAGAAAGCAAUACAUUGAUCCAAGGAUUUUCUGGUUUUAUUUUUAAUUUUUUUUUUCUCUUUUUACUUUUGUUUGUUUGUUUCCAUUGCGCAUGAUCCAUGUGCAAACCGAAUGAAUUCAGCAUUGCCCGAUCAGACAUCGCCUUGACACAGACACUCGAGUGUUACACUUCCUACGUUUGACUGAAGUAAUCAUUGUAAUCACAUAGGAUUAUGCCUUCAUUAAUCUUGCACUUAUGAAAGGGACAUCUAGCAAGUAUAAUGGGAAGAAAAAGUCCUAUGAAAUCAAUGAAGGAAAAUUUACAACUCUGUGUGUAUAUAUAUAUAUUUACAUAAAAUAUAUAUAUAUUAAAAUUGCAUGGGACGGAACUUUGCAACCUGAAAGUAUAGACUGUGAAAUGAGUUCUUUAAAGAUGAGACUUGUUUAUGUAUUAAAACCACUUCACAAUGAGUUGCUUUGGCUUUUUGAUAAACUGCCGCCUGCUCUCAGGGUGUGGUGACUAUUUUUGAAUUCCUAUUUAUUUUCUAUGUUUAUCCCUGAUUUUUUUUUUUUUUUCAUUAUUAUAUGGCUUCCUAUCUGGCAACUUGAUGGGUAAUUUUUGAGGUAUGUAUUUAAAGAUGUAAAUCAACACUGCCAAAAAAAAAA